UACUUGUUUCCAAGACACGAGUGGUCAUGGCGCAAACACCUCAGUCGACAGUGGUGCUGGGAUCGCUGAUCUAUGGCAUUCUCUUCUCCUUCCUCCAGAUCUAUGCCGAGACACUGGCUGCCUCUCCUCCGCUGACCAUUCUUGCUGGUCUUAUCUGCGCUAUUCUCACAGUCCUCGGCUUCCUCGUCCUGGGCAACGUCGCCGUCAUCGUCUUGGGCUCCUCGCAUGAGGCUUCUUGGGCUGAGGCUGCCAUCUCUCUCUUUGCUGCUAUCGUCAUCGCUGGUACUGUUCAUGGCGUCUCGGUCACCACUUGCUUUGCCUUCUCCAUCGCCCUUCUCUACGCUGUUGCCCGCGCCUCGCACUGGAUCAACGUCUCCUCCAAGCGCCGCCGCUGAUUGAAGACACACACACAUGUGCACA